GAGCUGAGAAGGAAGUCGAAAAUAUGACGAUUGACGGAGAGGCACGUCAUCGUGGGCUGUGCAGGUUCUUCCUCCCGUUCUUCUUCUUCUCGAUUCUGUGAUGCUUAUCUCCGAAGUUGUAGAAUUUGCUUGCUUUUAUGGUUUUUAUGGUAAGGAUUGAGUGAUUCCCUCCUGAUUUUGGAGGAUUUUUGGGGAUCUUUGGGUUUGGGCUACGCAUAGUUUCCCUCCAGUGAGUUCGAGAUCUCUUCCUCUCCCACAGUGGGCGGAGAUUAAAUAGACUCUUGGCCUUGUGUAUGGGUAUAUAUUCAUCUUUGUUCUCUGUGUCCUUCCAUGUAGUUUUUGCAGUAUUUACUUUCAUUUUCCUUUUGGCUUAAUACAGAGUUAAUGUUCUGAAUCUUGUAGUUCUGGGCUUUUUAAUAUCUGCUGGAAGUUUGUUUGUCCUUUUCACAAGUGUGUGACGAUUUUGUUAUCUGAUUAACAACUCUAGGGUUUUGAUGGAGGUGUACGAUGCGAAUUAAUGCAACGAAGGUGUUUGCAAGGUUGAUUUCUCGCAUUGCUUUUGCGAUGGCAACAUUCAGUCAACCAGUUGUAAUUCUCAUCAACGAGAUGAGUUGAGUUGGGCAAUUCUCCCCUCACAUCUAAAUUGUCAAUGGAGAAUCAUCACCCAUCUACGCUCUUAACCAUGGAUUCAAGUGCAUCUUCUCACGAGGAACUGGAUUUGGAGAUGAAUGGUCAAAUCAUACUUUCCCGUCCACCAGAUAUAAAUUUGCCCCUCUCUGCAGAACGCAGCCCGCCUCCUCAGUCAUGGAAUUCUGACCCUUGUGACAUAUUAGAUGUUAGUCUCGGUACUCAAGGAUAUGAAACUGAGAGUUUCCUCACCCCUCUUCCCAAAGGUGGAAAGAAGUGCUCAAAGCGAGUUGAUAGCAUAUGGGGAGCGUGGUUUUUCUUCAGCUUCUAUUUUAAGCCGGCAUUGAACGAAAAAUCCAAGGCUAAGAUAAUCAGGGACAGCAAUGGAGUUUCAGGGUUUGAUAAAUCUGAUCUUAAGCUUGAUGUUUUCAUGGUUCAACAUGAUAUGGAAAAUAUGUACAUGUGGGUUUUCCAGGAGAGGCCGGAAAAUGCAUUGGGUAAGAUGCAGCUGAGGAGUUACAUGAAUGGACAUUCUCGCCAAGGGGAGCGCCCAUUUCCAUUUAGCGUUGACAGAGGCUUUGUUCGAUCUCACAGGAUGCAACGAAAGCAUUACAGAGGCCUAUCAAACCCCCAGUGUUUGCAUGGCAUUGAGGUUGUUCCAUCACCCAAUCUUUCGGGGCUUGAUGAGGAGGAGCGAAAAAGGUGGAUGGAAAUCACUGGCAGGGAUCUCAAUUUCACGAUCCCACCUGAAGCAAGUGAUUUCAGUUCAUGGAGAAAUCUCCCCAGCACAGACUUCGAACUCGAGAGACCACCUCCCCCAAUCAAGAGUGCUUCAAAUGCACACCCAAAGAAGCUGCUCAACGGGUCUGGGCUGAAUUUGUCAACUCAUCCUUCCAACCACUGUAAUGGUGAUGUGAUGGACCUAUCUCCAGGCAAUGGCAAGCGGAAGAAAGACUUGUUUCCUCAUGGGAAUGAUGACGAUUGUUAUUUGCCUGUCAAUCCCUCACCUGAUCAGAUUUCUGAUAUAGAAAUGCAUACAAGUGAGCCACAGUGGCUUUCUGACUUUACAGGGGUAAUGAAGGCUGUGUAUGGUCCUGUGACAGCUGCAAAAACUAUUUACGAGGAUGAUCAAGGAUACCUGAUCAUUAUCAGUCUGCCCUUUGUGGAUCUUCCCAGUGUGAAAGUUUCAUGGAGGAAUACACUCACUCAUGGUAUCAUAAAGGUUUCUUGUGUGAGCAUAUCUGGGAAGCCAUAUAUCAAGAGACAUGAUAGAACAUUUAAGCUUGCGGAUCCAUCUUCUGAACAUUGUCCUCCUGGUGAGUUUGUCCGAGAGAUUCCUCUUUCGACUCGAAUCCCUGAAGAUGCCAAUAUAGAAGCAUACUUUGAUGGGUCAGGAUCAGUUCUAGAGAUCAUGGUGCCAAAACUUCGUGUGGGACCAGAAGAGCAUGAAGUUCGGGUCUGCCUUCGCCCUCAUCUGGGAGGAAAUGAUCUUAUGUUAACUUAAGAUAUGCUCUUACCAAAAAAAUUAAGGUUGCCAAACUUGGUUGGUGUGUCAUUGUUUUACUUUUACUAACUGUUUACCAUACGGUGGCGUGUCAUUGUUUUACUUUUACUAACUGUUUACCAUACGGUGCAAUGCAAUUGUGCAUGUUAGCGAUUUUUCCCCCUCCCCAAUUUAUUGGUAUUUGACUGUAAUGGUGCUUAAAUCUUUGAAAAUCUAAUUAUGAUCAUUGAUUUAUACAAAGUUAGUGACACCACACAUUGCUUUUAGUGGUAUGCUUUAGAUCAAACGAGCAUGGAGGUUUCUCUGUAAUGAUAAAUAUAUGAAAGAUUAAAUCAUUAUUACUGUA